AUGGCGACCGAAACAACUACGAAAGGCCAUCCCCGCGAUUCGAUGGUGUCCACCUGGCGCGAUGGUGACCGAUCGAAAUGGACACCUUCCCACUGGCUGCUUGACCUGCUGGGCACACGCCUGAAACCCCACAGGAGAGAAGUGCCCGUUUAUUCGAAGGAUGAAAAGAUCCCGUUCGUUCGAGAAUGGACUGUCCAUCUGUGGAUUAUGUCUCACGCCUUGAUUCCGCACGUUCUUCAUCAAGCAUACAUGACCUAUACUGGCCGGACCCUCCACCCGAUCGUCGUCUUUUGGUUGUAUACAACGACAUUCUAUGGAACCGGUAUCCAUCUUAUGCAAACCAUUCGCCGUCUCGGGUGGGUCUACGGUUUCCUGGACGGAGAUAAGCAUGAACGAGAUGACAUACCUGAUGUUGGUGUGGAGAGGGUUGCGGCGGAACUGCUUUCUGUCCCGACCCUUCGCCUGGCCAUGUCCGUCUACCUCUCAUAUCGACCGCAGGAGCUCCCACUCUCUUUCAACUGGGGAUGCUUAGCGUUGGAGAUCGGACUGUACAGCAUCACCGUGGACUUCUGGUUUUAUUGGUACCACCGCUUGAUGCACUCGGUGCCCCUGUUGUGGAAGUUCCACCGCACGCACCACCUAACGAAACACCCCCACCCGCUGCUGGGAGCUUAUGCGGACCACGAGCAGGAAUUUAUGGAUAUAAUAGGCAUCCCACUCCUCGCCUAUGGCACUCUAAAGCUAAUGGGAUUGCCCAUGUCAUUUUACGAAUGGUAUAUCUGCUAUCAAUAUGUGGUCUUCUCGGAGAUCAUCGGACAUAGCGGCCUCCGCGUUCAUGGCGGUGCCCCCUCUACCCUCAAUUGGUUACUUGAAAUGGUUGAUGCAGAGCUAGUGAUCGAAGACCAUGACCUCCACCACCGGUAUGGAUGGAGAAAGAGCCACAACUACGGCAAGCAGACUCGUGUCUGGGACCGUAUUUUUGGUACCUGCCGUGAACGCAUCGAAGGUCAAAAGGACAAUAUCGACUAUGUAAACCGUGUUACGUUCCCGCUAUUUUAA